AUGAAUGUCUCAGACAUCUCUAAUGUCAUCAUAGAUGCUGUAGCAUCACCUGUCCUUCAAAUACUGAAUCAUCCAUACCCUCUGGAUCCAUCAGAAGGUGAGGCUAGCUAAUCUAGACUUCUUCUUGCCUAUAUUGCCUCUAGAUUUGGAUCUGCAAAUUUCACUGCUGAGUUUCAGCUUGCUUAUUGCGAGCGUUUACUUGCUGAGCUGUGACAUACAUCACUAAUUCACCACUUCUCUCUCUCCACAACUAUUCUUUUGUCUCCAUUUCUUCCACUUUUUUACGAUUCUUACUUAAAGUGAGCAUAUCCAUUUGCUUUGUUUCUUAUUUUGGUUUUAGAGUAAAUGUCCCAUACAUCGUUUGUUAUGGACUUCAAACGCAAACAACGACCUUAUUUGAAUGUGAAAAUUUCAAAUAUGUGGUUGCCGUCUUGCCGAUAUAAUUUUGUUCGGAAUGAAAUAAAGUUUAUGUUAUCGCUUACUUUUAUACAAGAUAAAUCUUUGCUAAAGACCAUAAAAGAAUACACACAUGCUUACAAAAAAAACACAGACUCGUCAUGUGCGUGUCUAUAUAUAGUAAUCAAGUUUUGAUCACAAAAUGACUCGAACACACCACUUGUGAAAAAAAUGCACUAACCAAACUAAACAAUUAUAGAGACCUAACAUAAUUCACGUUUUCUUUGCUUCGAAUCAAAGCCUGCUUUGCGGAAUGGACGUAUUAUACUAUGAUUUGUUGGUUAGACUAGUUUGGUAUGGACGUUGAGUUAUUUAAUACAGACAUAUGAUAAUGUGAGCGUUAGCCAAGUCGUGUUAGAUUAUGUUUCCUUCCGUUGAACAUAUGGAAGAGGGGAGCAUUAAAACAUGUGAGGGUGGGGCAGGUAAGUGUCCUUUAGACAAUAAGAAGUGGGUCUCUUUGCAUUAGGUUUCUGACAUCUUACACCCAAUUAAUCUUCAAGGAUAACAAAUAUUAUCAUGUGAAGAGUACUUUUUUGUCCUUUUGUAAUCCCUUUAAUUGCGACACUCUUAACGGACUUCGGUUGAUACGCAGCAUGAAUCUCACAUUAGGCGUCACCAUUAUUCAUGAAUACAUGAGAAAUAACUCACAUAUAUGUAUGUAUAUAUUUCUUGUGGUUGUCUCUUUUUUGUCAACUUGUAGUGGUUCAGAGAGUUAUUAUAGUAGACUUUUUUUCUAAAUGGUGUUUCGAGUAAAAUGGAGCUGGGUUGGAAAACAACCUUUGUCAUGUAACAAAAACUCUAAUCGUAAAUCAAUUUCAAAGACAUAUUAAGAUGAACCCAUGAGUUGGAUGUAGUAUUAAACUGGUAGGGUUGUGAGUUUUGGAGCAAGGAAAACUUCAAAAUAUGGCCCUGUCAAGGGAACACACCUAACAGAAUCUCAUGGAUUAGCAUUUGUCUUCUGCUGCUCCCUUACGCCCCACUACAUGUCACACACAUUAUUUCGUUUUAUUCUGUAAUAUUGUACAUAUACUAAUUAUUUUAUUUUAUUUCAUUUAACCUCAAUUCUUUCUUCAUUAUUGUCCUUCCAUAUAGUUUUAUGAGUUAUUAUUGAGUUCAUCCCUUAGAGUCACCAACCAAUAGGAUUUCAUUAUUUCAAAUUCAAUAUCUUUUAAAAAAAGAAACAAAAUAUUGUCAAGUUAUAUUAUGUUUUUAAAAUCAAAAAAAAAAAAAAAAAAAUA